AUGUGCUCUUUGGCGAAUUUACCGUUGCGUCAUUACACCUGCUAUUUGCCUUGCUCCCCUCCCUUUCGAGUGGCUGAUCCAACUCGAGCCUCCUGCCCAAAUCUUCCUCAUGGGCCCGUAGAUCCAUUUCUUAUCUUUUUGUUGACCGAUCUCAAUCGGUUACAGCCUCAGUUUACUUUAACCCUAGGUGCAAUUCUCAAGCCUUCAGUUGCACGUACACUGUCUCCUCAUCCGCAGAGCGCCUAG